AUGGCUUCGAAACAAAGAAAGUCAUAUUUUAAUGCUGCUGCCACUGAUUUGAAGAAAAGGAUCAUGACACAACAAAUGCAGAGAAAUCCAUUAUUUAAUGCAUCGAUUGCAGAAUUUAGGAAAUCAAACAUACGACAUCAGCAAUCGAUUGUUCCUAAGAAACGAAAUGUAACAUCAUUUGUUAAAUUACCAACAGUUGUCAAAAAUAUACCAACAAAACUGUUGAAAACAAUUCAAUCAGCUCAAAGUCGAGAUACGCUUCAAUCUCACCAAACAUCUUCCACAGAGACAAGUCACUCUUCACUACCAAAACUACUAAAACCAAAGGCUUUAAAACUAGACGUACCAUCUAUAAAUGAUCAUGUUAUCAAGCACAAUCUGACACAAAAAGCGAUAUUACGAUGCAAAUCGCCACAGCCUCAAAGUCUAUUAAGUCGAUCGACUACUUUUAUUGGUCUUGAAUCUCUAGAACAACCAAAACCGUAUCAUCCGCUUCAGCGUAUGGAUGUGGGUUCACUACUUACGGAAUCUGCACGUAAUCGUCUGAAGCGUUUAUUUAAUAAACUUGAUACAGAUCAAGAUGGACACCUAUCAUAUUCACAAGUACAACGAUGUUUACCAUCCAUUUUUCCUCGUGCUCAAUUAACAUUUUUUCAUGUGCUAUACGAUAUAAUAAGUUCAACAACUUAUUUUGGUUUACAAGAAUUUUAUGCAACAGCUAUUAUUGUUGAAAUAGUAGCUAAACAAGAUUCACAGUUAUGGAAUACAUUGCUAAAUGAUGUAGAUUUCAAUUAUUAUCAUAAUAAUAUUUUUGAAUUACUUGAAGACUUUAAUAAUCAAUCUACAUGCGAUGUAGGGACAAUAACUUAUGAACAGCUAAUUGAAUUUAUUAGGAAAAGAACAGUGAACGGUAAAGUGGAACAUAUUUCACAUGAACUAGAAGAUGUUAUCCCAAAGAUUAAAACAACGAAAAUAAAUCGUCUAGAUUUCAUUGCACUUCUUCCAGCUAUAAUUUAUGUUGAAUCAACUCUUAAUCAUGGGCGAUCAUUAUUUCGCUUUCAAGAAAAUUCUUUACUCGAUUCACAUAUGCAACAAGCUUUACGAACUUAA